AUGUCCUUUGGCCUGGAAUGGGACCUUAAAAAGUUUAUUAUCGACCAGGAGUACGUGAAUUCCGGCACAAUUAUCCUAGAACAUAUUCUCUGUGUUACUGGCACCCGACGAUGUGCCCAAGCAACAACCGUCCAGGAGUAUUUUGAGCAGACUUGGCCUGGCGGAUACCAUCCUCUCAUAUCUCUUUUGAACAAAUUUCUAUCAUCCACCCAAUGUGCUUCAUGUGAUCUCGAAUUGCCAGACGGAACAUCGCUGAGCAUAACACAAGGCCAAUCACAAUGUUUCAUCGUUGUGAGAGGAGGAUUCGAGUUUGUUGCCGAGAUUGGCGAGCAACUGGGAUGGCUAGCUUCUGCUUUACGCCCUUCAGAGCUCCCCGAGGGCGUACUUUCUUGCGUACCCCAGAUCUCGUCGAUUGAUCUCCAUGGCCAAAGCACCUACAAGGGCAACAUCACAAUAAAUGCGAGUUGUCGAAUUACGUUCUCUAUGAAUAGAAUAAAUGACUCUAAUCCUUUGCUGCCUGGAUUUUGUUGGGCUAAUAUGUUUCGAAACCCGGUGGUCGUCGCAGGCUAUCCGAUUCGUCAUCGCGACCAGGGCGACACUGGUCUCGAAAUUCCGCUCGAAGCCAUGGCAGGACUUGUCCAAUCCAACCAAGUGUUUAGCAUAGAUGGGAAUAUCAUGCUAAAAGGGUUCUGUUCGCUUCUAGUUGUGACAGCUAUUAUAACAGACACUGCCAUGUGGCAUUUCUUGUUCAACGCAGAUGGCGAGCGAAUCUCUUAUUGCGACACACGACUGGAGGGUCCUGAGGGAAUGCGGAUUGUCACCCACAAAGGCCUAGAGCUAAAAGAUCUCGAAUCUCGCCGACACGUCGUUGGGUGGUGCUCAUCCGUCAGAGAGUUCACAGGACACCCUCAAGCGGGAUUUGGCGUAAAACGCUCUAUCCUGCCCCAUUUUCCAAGCUCGAUCGUGAUUGACAGGUUGUAUGUUGAGGGUGGUUUUCACGUGAUCGGUGGCAUUUCUGUGUCACCUGGCAAACGCGACAAACCUCUUCGUCUAGCCAAGGCAAGGGGAAAUUUAGCAAAGCUAGAGUGGAUAUAUUCUCAAGCCUUGGUUUUAAUGGAUGUUGACGAUCGAAGAGCAUGGCUGGUCGAUGGGGCAUCCGGUUUGUUGCACCUAGUUCGAGCCUCGAUCGAGCAAAACCGGAACCAUCCAGCAUAUAAGUCCAAGUGGAAAUUCUCAGGAGCACUCAAGCUUGAAGGUGAUGAUUGUCUGGGGUUGGGCGGGGACCAUGGGGUGACCGCUGUUGAAAUACUGGGAAAUACCGAGAACCUCAACGUUCAGCUGUACGUUGAUGAUGUGAGGCCGGAUGCGAGUGGACAACUGGUUGAAGUCCCCUACUGCCUCCGUGACAAGGUUCAAGAGAUUCUACCUCACCUCGAAGCACUUAUAGACAAGCAAGCUGAAGUUGCUGCCCAGGACGGUUAUUGGAUCCGUUCACCGAGUAAACUGUUAGAGAAGAGUCUUGCAGGCUGGGAUUUCUGGGAUAUCGCAGGACCUGCCGGUCCAGUCCAGCGAAGAAUCUAUCAUUUGCAAGCAAGCGGUCAUGGGUGGGUUGACUACAUCCGGUCUAUCAAAGCCGUCACCAUCUUCGGGAGAGGGUUUGGAGAGUUGCUCGAGCCCGAAAAGCAAAAGCUUUGCCCAAACUGGAUGACUGUUCCCAAGAACAAGGAUUACUUGGGUACUUCAAUUGCAACAUUGAAACAUAUCGAUGCAUCGAGUAACACCCAGCUGGUGGAUCAGGGGUCGAUCGCUACGGACAUAAAGUGGUUAUCACAGGCUACGCUCUUCUCACCAUGUGCUUGUUUGGAUCCGAAUGGAGCUAAACCUUCAAACCAUCACGAUCCAGUCCAGCUACUCUUACCAAAGGGUUUGAAUCUUCACCUCGAUAUUCCCAGCACGUGUUUGAGUAUCACUAUAGGAAGCAUUGAGCACAAUGGGGCGGUUGUGUUUGGACACACGCCGUACAGGCGCCCGUGGCCUAAAAGUAAGAAUGCGGAUGACCAAGCCGAUAGCGAAUCUACUGAACCGCCUUCGUCUGCUUCAAACAGCACCCAGCCCAGAGUUGGCCACUCAGAUGAGUCAGGACUAUUCGAGAUGUCUUCGUCAUCUUCACGUGCACAGCCUACCUCGGCUAGUCGUCCAGUGACGUUGAAGAACCCCGCGAAGUCCAAAGUGAAGGACAGAUGGUCUUGGCUUAAAAAGCUCAGUCGCUAG